CUUGAUGACACGGUGGGAGACGCACUCUUUCAUCAGUGUGUAUGAGAGGAGUCCGGCGUCGCCUGGCUUCUCCACAUAAGUUUGCACUUGGCCUAAUCAGCUGUUAGUGUAAGGUUUCAUCCAGCGUACGAGCUUACAACAUCGCGUGCUCACCGCCGUGUUAUGGAACUAGACAAAAUGGACGAAAACGAUUGGAAAUAUCACGGAGAAGGGAACAAGAGCCUUGUUGUUUCUCACGUCCAGCACUCCAGAGUCCUCCGGCUUUUGAAAUACCCUUCUGAAGAUGCAGAAAACACGCAUCAGACAACAGAGCAAGCUUUCCAGCACAUACUUAACAUAGUUGAGUAUAGCAGAAACGUCAUGAAGCCGUUGUUGGGGGAGAAAUAUGUGCACAGUGGAGAAGUUGUUAAACUCCCAUUGGACUUUGUACGGCAGCUGUCUUUAAAGAUCCAACAAGAACGCCCAGAACUGCGGUGUGAUAAAGUGAUGGACACUUUCAGCGGAUGUGGACUGCGCCUUCCCAACCUCACCCACCUUUCACCGUGCCACUUUGGAGAUCGCCGACCUCCUCUGUGUGUAGAAAUUAAGCCAAAAUGUGGAUUUCUACCCUUGUCAAGACAUGUUACCAAGGACAGCAAGCGAAAAGUGUGCCGAUUUUGUAUGCAUCAGCAUUUUAAGCUUGCCAAUGGGAAGUGGAACAGGUUAAGCAGGUACUGUCCCUUGGAUCUCUUCUCAGGGAGCAAACAGCGAAUGUACGUUGCAAUCAAGAACCUAUUGGAAGAACCACAAAACAAUUUGAAAAUAUUUAAGGGUGGAGAACUGAUAUACAGCUGCAAAGACGAUGCCAAGCAACAACCAGACUUAAAUGAGCUCGUCCAGCACCUGUGGCCCUACUUCCACCACAGCAACGGUAACCAGUCCAGCGUGACUGUUCUCAGUGAGUUCAUUCAGCUGAUCUGCAGCGCUCUGCUGAGCACCGGAGACUCCAAUCGCUCCGGGGAACAGAGGAAGGUGCAGCUCGCUGAAAGCAGAGUGCUCUGUGAAGCCAGUCCACUCCACCGAGAUCUGCUACGCAAUGGCGGUCCCGGUCUUCCCAAAGACUGCGUCCUUGCCAAAAUCCUCCAAACCCAGAUGAUGGACAACCUUGACAUUGAAGGCCUUUACCCACUGUACAAGAGAGUGGAGCAAUAUCUGGAGGAGUUUCCUAAAGAGAGGAACAGAUUACAGAUGGACGGUCCUUACGAUGCGAGUUUCCUGGAGAAGGUGAAAAAGUGUCCUGCAGAAGAUGACUGCUCUAUAGAAUACGCAGUCGGAAAGGUUCUUCAGUACAGAGUAGCAAUGACCGCUAAGGAUUGCUCCAUCAUGAUCACAUUUGCACCUUGUGGGGAAGAUGAAAAACUACAGCCUCAUUUAGAAAUCCAGCCGACAAAAUCUCGUUUCGCGUUCUCGGUCUCCAUCCUGGAUUUGGACCCCAAACCGUACGAGAGCAUCCCGCACCAGUAUAAACUCGACUCCAAAAUCGUCAACUAUUACCUGAAGAGCACACAUGCCACACAGGAGCUGCCUCCCUCCAGCCUUUACACUGAGCGGCAGGACUGCAUGCUGCUCUUCCACCCUGUAUGAACCUCGCUUCCCUCACGUCCCUGCUGCUUCACAAGCAAACAGGCAAAAGGCAAAAACUGAUCAUGGAAUGCACCAUCUAUGUGUAGUAUUCGGUCACUCCCCAACCCAAACCCACCCCCAAAAAAAAACAGUAAAAAAAAAAAAAAUUAAGAUGCGUGCCAUGUUUUUGUAAUGUGGGAAGUGACAAAUCUUCAGGGAAUGAAAAGAACAGAGAGGAAGGGCAUGUUGGGUGGUCAUGUGACCCACAAGAGCAUUCUAGUGCCAAAAGUGGCUUUCUUCACUUGUUUCUGCUCGGUGUGGAGUGAUGGUGUCUGUGUGUGGAGACUAAAGUGAUAGUUAAUUAACAUAAAGAUGGAUACUUGAUGUUAAAUGAGACUACUACUCCAUAACGUUUAGGUCUGUGACCACUGACAUUUAAUAAGGAUUUACAAUAUGGCUAGAAGGCUGAAUGAAUGCUGAAGCAUUUAGCUCAACGCCAUCACUUUUCGUACGUUCAGUAAGUACUGUACCAUGGUUAGUAUUUAUGUUGAGUAAUCAAGCUUCUCAAGUCACCUUUGAUGGGGCGCUUUUUUUUUUUUCUUCUCCCCUUUGCUCCAUGUUUAACAGAAAUGCACAUUGCAUGCUGAUGACGGUGUUUAAUCACUGCAGAUGUUUGCUGCUUAAUUUGUUCCUAAUCCGUUAUGCUAUUAUUGAAGUCCCCUCCCCCCCUCACUUUUUCUGGCCUAAUCUCCAUCUACCUUAAGUGUAGCACAUGUGCAAUUACCACAAAAAAAUCUCUGGUCAUUUGCAUGCUACAGACACAGUGGCUGUAGAAUGGGGUGUGGCGGGGGGCGGUUAUUCUUUUACGUGCUGGAGAGAUGCUGUUUUGGAGAACACUGAAUUGAGCUGGGCUCUUGUUCGGCCCUAAACCAGACUACGCGGUGGUUAAUAUAGGUUUUACGUGCGGACCAAAGGCAUCCAACACACAAGUUUGCACAUAGGAAUAUAAUGAGCCAAGCUGGCACGUUCCAUAAUUGAGUGACCUAAAGAAAUUUGUUACAUCUUUAAUGGCUUGUUCUUUAUAAUAAAGUAGUUUAACGAGUUGCCUGUGGCUCAGUACAUACGUCUGGCCCGUUUCAUUACAGCAGAAAGCACAGCGUUAUCCAUGGCCAAAUCUUUUAUAGCGACAAAUGUAAACUUUCCAAACGUCAGUUCUUUAACUCAACACUCUACGUCGCAAUCGAGGACUCUACACCUGUGCGUAUAGUCGAGGGUCGCACCAGCUGAUAAAUGACGAAUGCAUGUCUGUGUUCAUCUACAGACUCGUAGUGCGUCGAUGCUUUGGUCAGUGCUGGUUUUUAAAAAAAAAAAGAAAAUUACUUUCUAGCUCCGGUGUGGUCUAGCGAUUGCUGUGCCUAAUGCUAUUUUAAACCACUAAAGUUUUUGUUUCUCUUAUGUAGUUGAACAACCGAAUGAUUUCAUGACUGGGCUUUUUUUUUUUUUAUUUAAACUGCAUGUUUGCGCACAAGAUGGUUCUCGAGGCCUUAACCUACAGUUCAGAGGAUUUUCUUGGACAACCUUUAAUAUCGGCUAAACUCUUUUACUGUUCCUCCUAAUGUACCUCUGUAAGUGUUUGUACUUUGCUGCAGAUUUUUAGUUCAGUAGUCAUAUUACAUGAGCGUGGAAAAAAGAAAAACAGAACAUUUUUGUAGUUUAAAGUGAAACCAGAUGUCAAUGUUACUCUAAAGCAAGAGAUACAAAUUUAUUUGUGCAAAACCAGACAUUUGUGGCUUUUUUUUUUAUUUUUAAAAUGUAUUUUUUUUUUAUUUUUUAUAAAAACAAACGAUUUGAUGUACGUUGCCAGUCAAAAGUUUGGACACGUGGAGUUUGUCUUUAUUACAGUUUAAUCACGAACACAGAAAAAAGGUAACUUAAGGAAGAAUAUGAAACCAGUGUUCCACUAAAGACCUAAAUCUUCAGUGUGUCUAAUAAAUAGAGGAGCGUCUGUAAGGUUAAUUAGCAAAGUGUAUAUAGAUGUAGAAAACGCUCUAUAUCAAGUGUGCUAGUAUUUAAUAAAGGAAAAAAAAAAAAAAAUCAAGACAAAUGUCAUUCUACUACAGUGUAAGUAGAGCGAGCAAGAUCUUGGCCUGUUAAUUUCUCCAAGUUAACUGUUUAAUUCUCUUAAUCUAAGUUAAUUUUUACAGUAAUUGAAAUUUACCAAAGCAUCGAUUUAAUUAGGAGGUGAAAACUUUUGAUUGGCAAUGUGUCUGUGUGUGUGGCUAAGGCUGAAUCUGACGUCUGUGACAUGGUUAACUUGCAGGGAGCAAAACGUUGACUGACUCACUACAACAAACUAAAGGCCGUGUACUUUGCUAAACUGAAACCCAGGUUGUUCUUAAUCCUCUCAAGAAAAUCACGAUCACUGUGAUGCAGAUAAAGUAAGGACUAAACUAUUCGCUAUUACAAAAGACAAAGUGGAUUUUGCGGUCACGUUUUUUCUAUUUAAAUUAUUUAUUUUUCUAGCUCUUGUCUAAUGAUGUAUAUUUACGUAUGCUGUGUGCACUCGUGUACAUGUGGUGACAGAAUGUGUACAGAUGGCAUUAAUAGAUUUCUUAAUGGGUGAUACAGUGGUGUUUAUACUUAAUAAAAUUAUAAAGAAA